AUGGCGAUCAAACGCAAGCUCAUCCCUCUUCUUUUUAUAUCAAAUGUGAUUACAAGUACCCAUCAACAACAGGUGGAUAGUAGUAGCAACAGCAGUGAUGCGGAUGACGAUGAUGACGACGGGUGUGCGUUUAUUUCAGGUCAGCAUUGCGAUCAAAAUGGCAUUUGCAAGUACUGUGCAAUGUGCCUUCAAAGCUCUUGUAUUCUCAGCAAGACAAUCGGCGGAAACGUCAACACUGUCAACAGUUGCAACACUACGCAAUUUGGCACAACCAACCUUUACAACUGGUAUGAUUACUGUCUGUCAAGCGAUAAUGAUAACAGUGGAGAUUAUUGUGCAACAAGCACAGAGUGUUACCAGUACCGCAAAAGCGCUGGCCCCUCUGUAACUUAUGCGUGGCACAAUUUGACAUGCAAUCCUAGCACUUGUAUGCUGAUCGCUAGUAACGGUGCACCACCUCCCAUACCGGUACCACCCCAAAUCAUUGGUAACAAUGGCGGCGGCAUUCAAUCCCCAAGUGACCCUUACAAAAAGACGCCAAAUAGUAGCGAUAAUACAUUCAAUGCAUCAGAGGCAGAUGCUAGACACCACUUUUAUCAUAACAAAUUCCACAAUCCAGCUGCUAUUGCCUUGACAAUUGUUUGCUGUCUCGUGCUGUUGGUGGCUAUUUGCUGGAUGCUCCGACUUUGCAACAAGAAGGGAUGGUGGCCAUUCACAAAGAAUCGACUAAUCUUGACAGCAGCAGCAGCAACGAUAGGCAAACAAAGAGAUAGGUCGCAACAGAUGCCAUUAGAGAGCCACAACUCAAUAUCAUCUAUACCAAGCUCUGCUCCGCCCUCAUUUUCAUCCACACCUCCAGACAUGGCGGUGAUACGCCAUCCACAUUUGCAUUUGUACACACAUCAACCGCUCGUUCCAUCAGGACGAUCUUCUACUGCGUCUUCAUCUAAUAACGAACCACUGCCAUCGUAUCUAUCACCAUAUUUAUCGCCACCAAAGUACGAGCAAGCGAUUGUAACUCAAAUCAGAGGUUUGAGGGAGGAGGGAAGCAGUAGCAAUAGUAGUAAUCGAAGCAGUCUAUCCCACACAGAUCAGUAUCACAGAAAUAAUACAGCGCCGCUACCCUCCAUGUGGGUUCCUGUGUACUUUACACAGCAGCACCAGCCAAAUUUUGGGCGAGGAAGGGCGCCCAACAAUCAAGUCGAACUGUAUGGAUUCACACCAAAUCCAGUGUUUUGGGCCUCCAAUUGA